AUGGCGCCUUCAAAAUCCUCGUUUCUAGACCGGCUAUCGUCGCCUCGUGGCAGCGCACCAUUGUUGCCAUUCCAUGAGAAACGACGUAGAUCUGAUGAUUACGAUCUGGACAACCUAUCGCCAAGACAAGACGACUCGAUACUUUCUGAGGAUCCCUACGCUGCCAAGGGAAGACUGUCCUUGCGGUCACCUUCUCCUGCAGAUCCCGACCCAUGGCAUGAGAGGGCCAGCUCGACCGGCUCAUCUUCCAAGCUCAAGCCCCAUCAUGCUUUCGAUGGGCCACCGCCUCCCAUAGCAGCGUCGAUCGUCAUCCCGCAACGUUUGGCGCCCGCAUCACGCUCACGAGAACGGAGGCCCGGGAAAAGUGCCAUGAAGAGCGCCGGCUCCAGCCGCCUAGGCCUUGGCAGUGUUCUCUUCGAUGCCACGUCUCAAAGGCAGUCGGCCAACCCAGCAGACUCCACGUGGCGCGCCCUGCAGCGACGAGAACAGGCCAUCGGGAAAGAGCUGCAGGACCUCCUCGAUAUGCAAGCCAUGGGUCUCGUGGCUGGGAGCGAGACGGCGACCUCGUCGAACGCCAGCGACGUGGACGCCUUCAGCGACACGGGCAGCAGCACGCCGACUGCAACGUUCUACUCGACCGUCACCUCGAGGUCGCGCAUGACGGCGUCCCUCGACCACCCAACGCGUGCGACGCCGCGAGGGGACGUCAUCCCCAUCCGCCAGCCCAAGGCCUCGAAGCCCCAGGGUCUGCGUGCCGCUCGCAACGGCCUGCGAAGAUCCAUGACGGCACUGGCCAAUCUCAAGGCUGAAGAGGACGCCCAUGUCGAGGCGGCUUUGUCCGAUCGCAAGAAAGCUCUGGUGUAUCUGCAGAGAUUGACGAAGAAGCAAGAGGGCAUCUCGCGGGAGCUGCACUCGCUCGCUGAUGACGGCGAAGAGCCGUUGGCCAAGGAGCUGCGUGACCUAGGCGACCAGCAUCAAGCGCUUGACCAGGAGAUACGCGAAAUGGAAGAGACGUUGGUGGGCAUGCGGAAUCGCCGUCGCUGGCUGGGACGAAAGAUGGAAGACGUCAAGAACAGACGUGAGGCUGGCUUGAGCGGCUACCGAGGCGCGAUGAAAGAGGUAGAGGGCGAAGUUUCUUCAUUGAUGCGCCGCCCCCCUAUCGAACCCCUUGAUCUUGAGGUGCUCAUGACCGACGCGAGCGAGAGAGGCGACGAAGACAUGGCGGGCCUUGCUAGUGGCGAAGAGUUUCUUCAGCUCAUUCCGGAAAGACGCACACCAGCACUAGCCAUGGAGUGGUGGCAGGGGGAGAUUGUCAUGUUGGAGGCCCGCAAGAACCAGAUUGACAAGGACCGCGAGGCCCUCGAAUCUGGGUUGGACUUGUGGAAUGACUGCGCGACCCUUGUUGCCGGCUUUGAGGCGAAGUUACGAAAGCUUCUGAAGGGCGAAGCGACAGGCAAGGGCAAAGAGAAGGCUGCCUCGCCAGAGGAGGCCCUUCGACAACAUGUUGCCGGGAUGGCAGGGGUCAUCGAACAACUCCAGGAGUAUGUGAACAUUGCGGAAACGAACAACUGGAACUUGCUCAUAUGCGCCGUCGGUGCCGAGCUAGAGGCCUUUGAAGAAGCCGAGAGGAUGCUCCGGGAUACUCUCGAGUCAUCAGACGAGCCUACCCCAGCACCGGACAAGUUGCUUGUUGAGGACAACUUAGAAGAGCAAGGACCAGCGCAUGGAGAAGCAGAAGGCAACGGUAGAUCGAAUCACGAGGCCGAUGAGAGUGACAACGAUGUCCCGUUGGACUUGUUGGUCGCGGGACGUGAGGAGCAAGACCAUCAAGAGGGGGAGCGCACGAGCGGAAAGGGUCAUCACCAUGAAGGGGAUGAAAGUGACAGUGGUGUUCCGCCUCCUGAAUUUUUGGCAGAGCACGAUCCUGACGACGGAGAUUUUCAUACUACAAGUCGAUGA